CUUGGUUCUCACCUGCCAAGAGCAGAGCCUUGUGCAGCCUUGUCACCAUAGCUCGACCCUUGGCCUCUCUUCUCGUUUGGUGAACACCCCAUGUCACUUCACUCUUUCACCCAUCCCUUGUAGGGUCACCGGGUCAUCCUUCUUGCAACGUAUAUCAUAUUGACAGCAGAAGCAACGGUUGUGAAGCUCAUUAUGCCGAACGCGCGGGCUGAUAAGAAAAGUCCACAGCCGAAGUUGGGUUCUGGGCUCAGUCCUUAGCCGAGGUCCAACUGGCCAAUAUCAUCAUCGUAUCUAGACCUCGACAACAUCUUCGAUAUGACCUUGCUAACGUUCAGGAGCGUAGUAUUAACGAGUUUUGAUCCGAAUUCUACGUACUCCUACGAUAUCUUCCAUCAACAUAUUGUCCAACGGAAGGGAAAAUUCAUUGCUUGAAUAUGCCCGAGCUUGGCCUCGACCUCGCCUCCAAGCGUGUACGGAAACGCAGCGAUUAUGGCUAUCACCUCGACUUUCGGCUCCGCUGGAACGACAACGACAUCUUCGGACACAUGAACAACCCGUACUACGGCGUCCUCAUCGACAGCAUCGUCAACCAGUACAUGAUCGAGCAGUGUGGGUACAAAGUCAACAAGGGCGAGCAGGCCGGCAUCAUCGCCAACACGUAUUGCGAUUACUUCGGGUCAGUGUCCUACCCGGACGUCGUGGAUUGUGGUUUGCGGAUCGUGAAAUUGGGUAAGGCGAGCGUCAUGUAUGAGGUUGGGAUAUUCAGGAAGGGUGAAGACGCUGUGAAAGCCGUCGGAGGGUCGACGCAUGUUUACGUGCUGCAGAGGGAUGGCCAGUUAGGGAAGCCGGACAAGGAUGGGAUGCCGAAGCAUAUGAGGGAAGGGUAUGAGCGGCUGAUGAAGCGGCAGGGGGCGAAAUUGUGAAGAAAGCGGCCGGGCGAAGUGUAUCCUUUGUUUCUUCGGGUUGGCUGCACAGCUGUGAAAGGAGGGAUGGAAUGGUGCGAAGCGACGACAGAGAAGGGGACGGCUCAGAGGACACGAUUGGGACAUUGAAGAUGCUGUCCUGCUCAGCAGGUGUAAAUGUACAUAAGGACUCGUCGGAUGCAGAGUCUUCGAAAUAGCAAGGAAGAUGGAGGCUGGCAACGCUGGCCUUGUGGUGGCCUUCAGGGCAUUCUUGCUGGUACGUACAGGCCCUCGAUGCCCGGGGCUUACCCAAAUAUGAGAAAUCCUAGGCGAUUGGGGGCAUUUGUUGGAGGCAUGUUGGAGGGAACGGUUAGGCGAUUGGCACCUGGACUGUCUCAAAGGAUACCCAACUAAGUUCGGUUGCGGCCCGCCCCACGAGCUCCUCAUGCUUGUCG